AUGCAGCUGCCUUGGCAAAAGCCAGGGCAGGAGGUGGAGCGCAGCAGCCAAAGCCCACUCACACGACAGCGCGUCGGAGAAAAGAUCAACAGAGGGCCGACCGUGAAAGUGUCGUACGCGGUGACGUUGAAGGGCCGCUGGAGGGCUCAGGAACGUCCGCACGUUCCCCUAGAGCUGCUGCGGGCGCCCCUGCAGGUCGGCGAGCCUGUGGAGCUUUGGUCCAGGAGCUCUUUCAAGUGGCUCCUCGCAGAGGUCGAUGGCCUCGAGGCCACCACGGCACUCCUCCGGCAUUACAAGGUGCGUGUCUACGGCCAAGAAGCCGUGGCCGUUGCAGAGGCCUCCUACCUCAGGCGGCGCUUCCUCAAGGGAAGUGCUGUGGAGGUCUAUCGGGGUUCGUCACGUGGCUGGAUCUGCACCAGGGUUGCCGACAUGGCUCCUUUAGGCGGAGGCCCCGAAUCCGACUUCGCUUCCCCUGCAGCCGACGGAGAUCCCGUUGAAGACGCCGAAGCCGAAGGGGCCGAGUCGGCCGAGGGCCAGGUCUCGGCUGAGCCUCCCUUGGAGCUCUGCGAGCCCCAGAGCCAGAGCGAUGGCCGACGAGGCGCCCCACCCCGGAAGUCGGAUGGCUCGAGGUUCCAGCCCUGCGACUUCGUCGCGAUGAUUCCGGUGCUCAAGGAGUUCGCUGUGAGCCACGAGGAGGUCGAAGAGGUCCCGUCCUUCUUGCUGCGCCCAGCAGCCAGCAGUCCCUCCUGCCCGUCCCAAGUGUUCCAAAUCUGA